GGAAGAGUCGAUUCUGCUAUAAAAGUGUUCGAUUGUAAUUUAGAUAAUAUUGUGUACCUUUUUACUUUUAUUACCAAUAUGACGUUAUUGUGAUUCAUUUUAUGUGCCGAAAAUAUCGUUCAAAUCGCCAAUUUAUUCAAUUGAUGAAAGGCUCAAAACGAUAAGUUUCACAUCAUGAGCGAUUGAAAAGGCCUUUUUGUUUUGCCAGCAAAACAGCAGUUUUAUUCACAAUAAUGACUUCCAUCUCACAAAAGUCAAGGUCAAAUAUUUAAUAUAAUAGUUUUAGUCAUAUUUUAAUAUUUUUCGUAUACUUUAUCGAAGCACCAUUUGCAUAAACUCCGGUUUGUUUGCAUUCGUACUUGCUUGAUGGAUCGAAACGGUCUGAGCCGGAACUGACAGCAGCAACGCACCAGGAAGCGAAAAAGCCUCUCUGGCACAUGACAGCAGCGUGUAUUUUUCUUUUCUACUUGGCUAUCGAAAGGAAUAGGUUCAAUCCACCAUGGUGACGAAGAAGCCCGUCAAGAAGAAGGUUGUGCCGAAGCAGAAGGUGGCCCCGGCCCCGCUGGCCAAACCGAAAAAAGUUGAGGUUAAGAAGGUGGUGAACCCGUUGUUCGAGAAACGUGUUAAGAACUACGGCAUCGGCCAGAAUGUGCAGCCGAAGCGCGACCUGAGCCGGUUCGUCAAAUGGCCGAAGUACAUCCGCAUCCAGCGCCACCGGGCGAUCCUGCAGAAGCGGCUGAAGAUCCCGCCGCCGAUUAACCAGUUCACCCAGACGCUGGACAAGCCGACGGCCCAGCAGGUGAUGAAGAUGCUGGAGAAGUACCGCCCGGAGAACCCGAUCGCUCGCGUCCAGCGCCUGAAGGCGAAGGCGGAAGCGAAGGCGGCCGGCAAGGAGGAACCGCCAUCGAAGCGGGCCAACCAGCUGCGCCAGGGCAUCAACUCCGUGGUGAAGAUGGUCGAGCAGAAGAAGGCCCAGCUGGUGAUCAUUGCGCACGACGUCGAUCCGAUCGAGCUGGUCGUCUACCUGCCGGCGCUCUGCCGCAAGAUGGGCGUGCCGUACUGCAUCAUCAAGGGUAAGGCGCGCCUCGGCACGCUGGUGUACCGCAAGACGUGCACCUGCGUUGCGCUGACCCAGGUCGAGAACGCGGACAAGCCCAACCUGGCCAAGCUGGUCGAAACGAUCAAGACGAACUUCAACGAUCGGUUCGACGAUAUCCGCCGCCACUGGGGCGGUGGUCUGCUUGGACCCAAGAGUAUGGCUCGUCUGGCCAAGCUCGAGAAGGCCAAGAAGCGCGAGAUGCUGCAGAAGAACUAAGAUCUGUGUGUGAGUGUGCGUGUGUGGCCGUAAUAUAUGCGUAACAUUUAUUUUGAGGUGAGAUUCCAACGUCUCCUCCCCCACUACACAGAGUCUGUAUGCAUUCGAUAAUAAAUAUUAAGUUUUCGAACAAUCGA